AUGGACCCCGGCGGGGCUGCCAUUUUGGAGACUUCCCCAAGGAGCUUCAACCGGCUUUUCGCGCUGCUGCAGCAGCUACCCGCGGCCUUGCUGGGCAGAAUGAAUGUGAUAGACCACGUGCGAGACAUGGCGGCCGCGGGGCUGCACUCCAACGUGCGGCUUCUCAGCAGCUUGUUACUUACAAUGAGUAAUAACAACCCUGAGUUAUUCUCCCCAUCUCAGAAGUACCAGCUUUUGGUGUAUCAUGCAGAUUCUCUCUUUCAUGAUAAGGAAUAUCGGAAUGCUGUGAGUAAGUAUACAAUGGCAUUACAGCAGAAGAAAGCCCUAAGUAAAACUUCAAAAGUGAGACCUUCAACUGGAAAUUCUGCAUCCACUCCACAAAGUCAGUGUCUUCCAUCUGAAAUUGAAGUAAAAUACAAGAUGGCUGAAUGUUAUACAAUGCUAAAACAAGAUAAAGAUGCCAUUGCUAUACUUGAUGGGAUCCCUUCAAGACAAAGAACUCCAAAAAUAAACAUGAUGUUGGCAAACCUGUAUAAGAAAGCUGGUCAGGAGCGACCUUCAGUCACCAGCUAUAAGGAAGUGCUGAGGCAGUGCCCAUUAGCCCUUGAUGCCAUUCUAGGUUUGCUGUCCCUUUCUGUAAAAGGUGCAGAGGUGGCAUCAAUGACGAUGAACGUGAUCCAGACUGUGCCUAACUUGGAUUGGCUCUCUGUGUGGAUCAAAGCAUAUGCUUUUGUGCAUAUUGGUGACAACUCAAGAGCAAUUAAUACCAUCUGUUCACUAGAGAAAAAGUCCUUACUGAGAGAUAACGUGGACCUACUGGGAAGCUUAGCAGAUCUGUACUUCAGAGCUGGAGACAAUAAAAACUCUGUCCUCAAGUUUGAACAGGCACAGAUGUUGGAUCCUUAUCUGAUAAAAGGAAUGGAUGUAUAUGGCUAUCUCCUGGCACGAGAAGGGCGGCUAGAGGAUGUGGAGAACCUUGGCUGCCGCCUUUUCAAUAUUUCUGAUCAACAUGCAGAACCCUGGGUGGUCUCUGGGUGUCAUAGCUUCUAUAGCAAACGCUACUCCCGAGCCCUCUAUUUAGGAGCCAAAGCCAUUCAGCUGAAUAGUAAUAGUGUUCAAGCUUUGCUACUUAAAGGAGCAGCACUUAGAAACAUGGGCAGAGUCCAAGAAGCAAUAAUCCACUUUCGGGAGGCUAUACGUCUUGCACCUUGUCGCUUAGAUUGUUACGAAGGUCUCAUCGAAUGUUACUUAGCCUCCAAUAGUAUUCGUGAAGCAAUGGUAAUGGCUAACAAUGUUUACAAAACUUUAGGAGCAAAUGCACAGACCCUAACCCUUUUAGCCACCGUUUGUCUUGAAGACCCAGUGACACAGGAGAAAGCCAAAACUUUAUUAGAUAAAGCCCUGACCCAAAGGCCAGAUUAUAUUAAGGCUGUGGUGAAAAAAGCAGAACUACUUAGCAGAGAACAGAAAUAUGAAGAUGGAAUUGCUUUGCUAAGGAACGCGCUAGCUAAUCAGAGUGACUGUGUCCUGCAUCGGAUCCUAGGAGAUUUCCUUGUAGCUGUCAAUGAGUAUCAGGAAGCAAUGGACCAGUAUAGUAUAGCACUAAGUUUGGACCCCAAUGACCAGAAGUCUCUAGAGGGGAUGCAGAAGAUGGAGAAGGAGGAGAGUCCCACGGAUGCCACUCAGGAGGAGGAUGUGGACGACAUGGAAGGGAGUGGGGAAGAAGGGGACCUGGAGGGCAGCGACAGUGAGGCGGCCCAGUGGGCUGACCAGGAGCAGUGGUUCGGCAUGCAGUGAGGCAGGCAGCAGCUCCGUGGCCGCACUGGCCUGCCCUGCUCUGAGCACUUCCACGGACUGAAAAAACCUGUAGGAGCCCGCUCUCUGGGAGGACAAUGAUUCAGCAUGUGAUUGUAGCAGGGGUCUCUGCCCCUUGCUCCGUAUUUCUAGUAGCAACUUCAUUUUUAAAAACUGAGCCUGACCAACCUUCCAUAUAUCUCCAUCCUCCCCUGCUUCAGCCAGGGAGGACCUAGUGAGCCCUCUGAGAGGCCCCUGGAUAUGUCGGGGCUUCUGGGAUAGAGUGCUUUUUAUAGAACUACUAAAUCUGAAAGCUCGAGGAAUAGACAGUGUUUUGUCUGUGAUGUUGUGGAUGGGUUUAAAGGAGCGACCUGUCACCCAGAGCAAGAGUGUCAUCUCCCAGCAGCAGCAUGGGCCCGGCCCUUUCAGAGAGGGUUUCCUGUCCCAGAAAUCAUUAUCCUCAGUUGUCCAAACUUCCCUAGUAACCUUGUCCUUCUGCAAUGUUAUUAAUGCCUUAAGCUGACAGUUGCUGUUUUGCAGAACAGUUUUCCUAUUUGCUAAUCUGGUAACUUGCCUGUGAGCCUGGGCCGAAUCUGAGAAACAAGUGUGACCUAGAGCAUGAACAGAGGCGCAGUUGGGGUAAUGAAUAAAACUGUUUUUUGUACA